AUAAGGGCGGCGGCGGCCAGCGGGGGUACCCGUGCUGGGGGCUGCCAACGCGGAGCUGACACCAUGGUGCUGUCCGGCAACGACAAGUCCAACGUGAAGGGCGUCUUCAGCAAAAUCGGCGGCCAUGCCGAGGAGUAUGGCGCCGAGACCCUGGAGAGGAUGUUCUGCACCUACCCCCAGACCAAGACCUACUUCCCCCACUUCGACCUGCAACAUGGCUCUGCUCAGGUCAAGGCGCACGGCAAGAAGGUGGCGGGCGCGCUGAUCGAGGCUGCCAACCACAUCGAUGACAUCGCGGGUGCCCUCUCCAAGCUCAGCGACCUCCACGCCCAGAAGCUCCGCGUGGACCCCGUUAACUUCAAAGUGAGCGUCUGGGAAGGGGUGACCAGCCCGGCUCCCCUCCUGUACCCCCCCUGGCCACCCCCUUGCUCACCAUCUCCUUUUGCCUUUCAGCUGCUGGGCCAGUGCUUCCUGGUGGUGGUGGCCAUCCACCAUCCCUCUGUCCUGACCCCGGAGGUCCACGCUUCCCUGGACAAGUUCCUGUGUGCCGUGGGCAACGUGCUGACUGCCAAGUACCGUUAAGACGGCACCAUGGCUAGCGCUGGACUCAACCCAGUGCCAGCCCUCCCACAGCGAGCAGCCAAAUGAUCUGAAAUAAAAUCUGUUGCAUUUGUGCUCCA